AUGCAGAGCAACAGCCAAGACAGCAGCGGCUCGCCUAGCCGUAGAACUCUCAGCGAAAUGAUGACGCAGUUAAGCCAAAUGUCUAAGCAGGCUGCUACAACGCAACAGGCCUUACAGCAGACCACCAAAACCUUGGGCGCCAGACGAGAGACCGACCUCGAAAAGAAUAACCAAGGGCAGAUACGAGCCAUAGUAAAGCGUUUUCCGGUUCUUGGCUUGCGGGUUAGGGCUAAAAUUUACCAUACUAAAUAUACCACACCUGAGGUUUCGCCACUGGGGGUGAAACUUGCCGCAAGGGUUAUUAGUCUUGCUCGUGGUGCCUGCCCUACCCCCCCAGGGGCGAAAACCGGCUCAUCGAGGUAUGGAAAGGAGUUUGAUCAACACCUUCGAGACCAUGGUGUAUAUAUGAACAAUCGCAAAUCCAAACCGUUGAACACAGAGGAAGCAAGGAUCAGUUUGAAACAGAGCCGCGCAUCCUUGUCCCCGUCACAAUUCACAGAGGAACAGUUCGAGACAUUUCAGAGGAAAAACGAGGAUGUUGUAUUCGAAUCUGAUGUCAUGGCCGAUGUCAUUCCCAUUAUCAGUGGAAGUUGUCGCAUUCCUAGCAAGCAGAAUGUUCUCUUCACCGAACUUGAACCUCUCACUACUAGCAACGCCGUCAGACCAAAGCCAGAUCAUUUUGAUGGCGCUGAUCUGGCGGACCUCAGCGUGGAGGUACGAAAUGACGACGAAGUCAGGCAAAGAGUUAUUCCUACGAACCACGCCAGUGUUCCAGUGGCGGCCAAUUUCUUCAUAGAGGCCAAGGGACCCGACGGGAAUGCAUCAGUUGCACAGAGGCAGGCAUGCUACGACGGAGCAUAUGGUGCCCGUGCCAUGCAUACGUUGCAGAAUUAUGGCACAUCCAAUGAAAGUUAUGACGGCAAAGCGUACACGUACAGCUCGACAUAUCAUCCUGCUACCGGCACGCUCCAGCUCUAUGCUCACCUUGUCACAGCUCCAACUGAGACGGGGGGUCGGCCUGAGUAUCAUAUGACGCAGCUUGAUACUUGGGGAAUGACAGGUAAUAUUCAAACUUUUCGACGUGGAGCCACUGCUUUUCGAAACGCUAGAGAUUUAGCAAGGAGCCAUCGAGAUCAGUUUAUUCAUGCCGCGAAUUGGCGUCACGCAAGUCAAGAUGCUCAACAGAACGACGAAAAUGGGCUUAUUGCGAACGAUUCCCCCCAAGAACAAACCGCCAAUGCCUGCGGCGAUAAUUUGGGAGAAGAUCCAAAGGUAUAUGACGCACCGCAGUCUUUACCGACUGAAGACGACACUCCAAACCCCAGCCAAGCAUCGACCAUAUUGGCUGCAGAAGACCAAGGUUUGAGUUUUGCGACCAGCUUCACAUCUAGCUCUGGCAAUGGACCGCCGGUAGGAUCCAAGCGAGCCAGGCAACUAAGCUCACCGACUAACUCCUGGGGACGCAGCUCAUCUAAGAGUCGAACUCGUACCAACAUAAGUGAGCUUAAUAAAGAGCUGUCGAAAAAAGGACAAGUGGAGGUUCCACCCUGCUUGCAGCAUGACCUCUGGAGCAGAUAUAACGACGAAAAUACGCCGUAUACGAAGUCGGCGAAUAACCUCGAGAGAUACAUGUGGCGUCAGAUCAGAGCCGUUCCCGAGUGGUCUUACCUGGAGUCCGACAAGUAG